AUGAAUCACUAAAAGGAGAGUGAAAAUGAUGAUGUAAUUACAUUAUCAUUUAAUGUAGUCUGAUAGAAGUCAAUAAAGUUAAUCAAUUUAACAGAAAAAUAAUGAAAGAAAAUUAAGAAAAAUCUAAAAGUUAUAAUCUCUAAUCAAUAAACCAUUUUAUUAAUUGACUUAGUAAGAAAUUAAUAAAAGAAGAAUACUAUCAAGAGUAUCUGAUCUUAUUAUUAAAACAACUAAUGCACCUUAAUUUCUAUAACCAAUUAAUUAAUAGUUUAACAGUGAUCAUAAAUUUUUACUUAACAUUAAUCAUCUUUAAAAUACAUCAAUAUCUAAAAUAACUUCAAAUAUAACAGAUUCUGAAAAAGAUUAUGUAGAUUAUUUGAUGAUAAAAAAGUGUAAUCUAAUAUAUAUAUAAAAUUAAUAGAAAAGUAACAAGAUUAAAUCAGAAAAUAGAUGACAAUAAAAUAAAACUUAAAAGAAAAUUAUGAUUAAUUAUGGUAAUAACAAGAAGAUUUAUCAGAUAAAGAAAUAUAAGAUAAUUUUAAUGUUAGUAAAGCAUUGAAUAUAGUACAUAAAAGUGAAGUAUAGAAGGAGUUAUUAAAAUCAGAUGAAAGAACUUAAUUUGGUAAGAACUCCACCUCUGUAUAAAACAACUCAAAUUUGUAAUCUUUAACUAAUUCUAGAUUAAUUUUAAUGUAAGAUCAAGAUAUUAAUGAAACUGAAGUAAAUUUCAAUUUUAAUUUAGUAUAGAGAAUAAUAGGCUAGAAGAACACUUAAAAAGAUGAAAACAAAAAAAGUUAUAAAUAUUGUUUAGAAAGCUACUAAAAAAAUUUAUAAUAAAAAAGAAGAAUAAAUUUAAAAGGAAUUAAUUAUGCAUUAAGUUUAUAAAUAAAUGAAUAAAGAUAAUAAAAAGGAGAGUAUUAAAUCUAUAGAUAGUGUUUUUAGAAAUUGUAAAAAAUUUGUUAUUAAUUUAUUAGCUCAAAGUGAAUAAACAUUUUUAUAAUCCUAAAAUCAUUAAAAAUUGAUUACAAAUAAAAUACUAAGUGAAAAAACAUUUUUUUAACCAAAGAAAUUAAGUGAAAUUAAACCAAUAUAGAGUAGAGUUUAAUUGAGUCAUAUUAUAUAGAAAUAAGACUCCAGAAUUGAUGAUACACCUCCUAAAUUUCAAAGUAGAAAAAUAAGUCUCAUUAAUGAUAAAAUUACUAAUUUAGUAUCACAGAUUGAUUUAAUUUAAUAAAAAGAAAUUGAUUAAUUAACCUUUAUAAAAUAACUAGAAAAUGAGCAAGAUCUAUAUCAAACUUAUAGGUAAUCCCUUUAGCCAGAUUAAAUUUAAGAUACAUUAAAAUCACUUUUGGGUCCAAGUAACAAUAAUUAUCGAAAACCUUUUAGGUUUAGUAAUAAGAAAUUCUUUAAUUAAGUUUUAUGA